AUGGCACCCAAGAUCUUCCUCACAGGAGGCACAGGCUACAUCGGCGGCUCCGUCCUCCACACCCUCGCAACCACCCACCCCGAAUACACCAUCACCGUACUUCUCCGCCGAACCCCCUCAAACUUCAAAUCCACCUACCCCAACAUCACCAUCCUAACCGGCUCCUACUCCAGCACCUCUUUGAUAACCUCCGCCGCCGCCUCCGCCGACAUCGUCGUCCACUGCGGGGACUCCGACCACGAACCCAGCCUCUCCGCCAUCAUCUCAGGUCUCCUCCAGCGGCCUACCCCAGGCUACCUACUCCACCUCUCCGGCACGGGAAUAGUGUCGGAUUGGGCCGACGAACAGUACUUGGGAGUGCUAAACCCAAAGGUAUGGUCAGACAAGACUUCUUUGGCUGAAAUCAGGGAGUUGCCUCCUACGGCGCUGCACCGUAACACCGAAACCAUUUUACACGACACCAUCGCCAAGCACGGUGAUAGGAUCAAGAUAGCUAUCAUGUGCCCCCCCGAUAUCUACGGCAAAGGCAGGGGAUUAGUUAAAACGCACAGUGCGCUUAUCCCCUUCUUCAUCCACGCAGCGAAGGGGAUUGAGAGUGGGAAACCUUUUUAUUACAACCAAGGCGCCAACACCCGGAGUUGGGUGCAUAUCAACGACCUCAUGCGUCUGUACUUGCACGUUGUGGAAGCCGCAGCCUCUUCCUUGUCCUCCAACUCCGACUCCUCCAGUGGUGAUUUCUUCAACGAAAACGGCUACUACUUUGCUGCCACGCAAGAGCAUUCGCAGAUCGAUGUUGCGAAAGCAGUGGGGAGCAUUCUGCACAAGCAUGGCGUUAUCAAGGAUGCGGAACCGGUGCAGAUCGGUUUGGAGGAACUGGAUGGCAUGGCUAAUUAUCCCGGAUUCCCGAAGCUGGCGAGGUAUUUGUUUGCGAGUAAUUCGCGGACGAGGGCUGAGAGGGCGGGUGAGAAGUGGGGGUAUAAGGGUGAGGCGCCGGGGCUGUUGGAGUGUUUGGAGGGGGAUGUGCUGGAUGCUAUGAAGGGGAUGAAGUAG